GUGCGUAGAGAUGUCAAACACAGUCCAUUUCUGUGCGGCCGCCCACCAAACCCAGCCCUAGACGACGCAAUUCGCACGGCUGCCUCGUUCUGGUAUAGCCGGGCCUUAGUCAUCAUCCCAAGGCCCUCAGCCCAUCCUUUGCUCGCCCAAACAUCUCUGCAGUCAUCACCCGAGCCGACCCCCCCAGCUUGCUCACAAACCUCUAAAUCGCCCUUUCGACGACCCAUCGCCACUCUUCCCCCAGGAAACCAACUCCUCCCGUCCACAAUGUCCGCCUUCCUCCGUGUCGCUCGCGGCGUCCGCGCCGCCUCCGUCCGCCCUGCCGUCCAGCCCCUUGUGGCCCGCUCGGCCGUCGCCCACUUCACCACCUCGAUGCCCCGACGAAGCGAGCACGCCGAGGAGACCUUUGAGGAGUUCUCCGCCAGGUUCGAGAAGGAGUUUGACGGUGUCCAGGACGUUUUCGAGCUUCAGCGCAACCUCAACAACGCCUUCGCCUACGAUCUCGUCCCCGCCCCCUCGGUGAUUGCCGCCGCCCUCAAGGCCGCCCGAAGGGUCAACGACUUUGGCACUGCCGUCCGUAUCUUCGAAGGCAUCAAGUCCAAGGUCGAGAAUAAGGGCCAGUACGAGCAGUACCUCGAGGAGCUCAAGCCCCUCCGGGAAGAGCUCGGCGUGCCGCUGAAGGAGGAGCUGUACCCCGAGGAGAAGUAG